AUGGCGCCUGGAAUUCUGAGCGAGCCGGAGGACUCUAUGCCCCGCGCAAAGCCCACGGUCUAUGUGAUGGACAAGUUCCACCCUUCUGUGCUUGAGUUCACCAAGGAGAACUUCAACGCCAUCACGCUGGAUAUGCCAGAGCACGCAGAGUGGAAACAGAAGGCGCAGUACCUGUUGAUAAGGUCGUCAAGGCUUACAGCCGAGGACAUAGCCGCGUGCCCGAACCUGGUUGCCAUCGGCAAGCAGGGCGUGGGCAUUGACAAGAUCGACGCCGACGCCUGCGCAGCGAGGGGCAUCAAGAUCUUCAACACGCCAGGCGUCAACGCCCGUGCCGUUGCCGAGCUGGUUCUCACCCUGGCCAUGGCUGUGGGCAGAGAUGUGGGCCGCAUCGCCAAGCUUCAGGCCGAGGGGCAGGUGGUUCCCAAGGAAACCUGCAAGGGACUGAUCCUCCACGGGAAGACCAUCGGAAUUAUCGGCAUGGGCAACAUCGGCAAGACCGUGGGCCAGAUGUUCAGAGGCGCCUUCAAUGCUCCCGUAAUAGCAUACGACCCGUACAUGCCCGCGGAUGCAUGGCAAGACCUUGAGCACACCCGCGUGAAUAGCGUCGAGGAGGUGCUACGUGACUCGGACGUCGUCACGGUACAUGUCCCCUUGACGCCAUCGACAAGGAACCUGAUCUCGUACGCGCAGCUCAAGACGAUGAAGAAGACGGCAAUCGUCAUCAACACGGCUCGUGGCGGGAUCAUCAACGAGGCAGACCUCCAGACUGCUCUCGAGGAGGGGCUCAUCUGGGGCGCAGGUUUGGACUGUCACGAGCAGGAACCACCCAGCCAGGAGAAGUACGGCCGUCUGUGGGAACUCGGCGUCGUCAGCACCCCACACAUUGGUGCUGCAACUGAGCAGACGCAGAUCGAGACUGGAACGGCGGCAGCGAAGUACUUGCUGGAAUUUGCAUCACGGAAAUAG